UUUAAUUUCAUUUUGAUUUAGUUAAUGAUUUUGGAAAUUUCAGAAAUGAUUGCAUCAAAACUAUAAGAUAAUAAAAAGGACAACAAGCUAAGGAACUGAGGUCAAAAUGUGAUUUUUAUCUCAUAGACAGUGUGUGAUUGUACCACAUGAUUUAUUGAUCAACAUAAUGCCCCUUAUCAGAUUUAAUUGAAAUCAUGUGAACAACCUAUUCUAGUAAAAUAUUUCACUUUAAUUGAAAAAUUUGUUAAUAGAUGUUUUCAUCCUAACUGACUGUAUACUAUGAAAUCAUUUUAUUUCACAGAAAUAAAUUCUCCUAAACAAAAGCAAAAGAAAAAGAAAAGCCAACCUGCAAAAAGAAAACUGAUAAAUGAAUCCGAAGAGAGGGAUGACAGUGAGGAGGAGGAUGAAAUUGGGGAACCAAUUAGACUAAUUAAUAAGACCAAUGAACCUGAGCUUAUAGAACACAUAGAGCCUUCCAUGUCUAAGCAGAAAAGAAAGAAAGGCAAAAUGCAUCAGAAAAUACAGGCUGCAAAACCCAAAUUGAUCUAUGAUUCAAAAGAAACAAAUGAAACAGAGAAGGAUGUCACUGAGGAAGUGAAUACUGAUGUUAUUGAACCUGUGCUGUCUGAACCUAUAGAGCAGAUAGCCAUUAACAAUCAAGACCAGCAAGGUGCUACAGAAAGAGAUGACCAAGAUAUGCCAAUCAUUAAAGCCCCAGCAAAAAGGAAACGAAGAAAUAAUAAAAAAAUAGAUCAAAGAACUCUUUCCAAUGACCAUAUAGACCAGGAUGUAUCACAAGCCGUCCAAAAUGUAAGUAUUUAUAUAAACUUAAUCAUUAACAGAGAACACAGAGAACAGAAACUUACAUAUUUCCAAAUGUAG